UUUUGUUCUGUGUUCAUUCGCAAACAGUGUAUGUUGGCUAAAGCCAACUCUAUCGACGCAGCGAUUCCAAUCAACCUCUGGUGUGAGGGUCAGUUGCUAGACGAUGAUAUUUCGGUACUGGAACUGAGUGCGAACGAACUGGAUGUGACUGUCGGUCUUCUCGGUGGUAAAGUGCACGGUUCGUUGGCUCGUGCUGGAAAAGUUAAAGGCCAAACACCUAAAGUGGAGAAGAAGGAAAAGAAAAAGAAGAAGACGGGACGUGCCAAGCGACGCAUCCAGUACAACCGACGUUUCUCUUCAGUGGUGCAAACCUACGGCAGACGACGUGGACCAAACGCCAAUUCGGCAUAAAAACCUUUCUAAUCCUCCCUUCGAUUUUUUGUUUUUUUUUUGUUGAAGAUUUAUCAAAUCUGGCACACUUAUCUUUAUUUUGUCCAUCUUUCUUUAUUCUUCUAUAAAGUUUUAUAUUUUACAUUCGUUUGCAUCAACACAGAACAAGUCAAACAAGGGAUCUAUUGCCUUGACGAUUUUGCAAAAUAAAUCAACAAUAAAACAAAAACCGAUGAAACUAUG